GGCUUGGCUGCCGCCCACUCCCUGGGCGGUGUUGAAGAUCUUCCUCUCACAGCCCGCGGGAUGCACUCAGCAUCAAGCUCCAAGUGUGAAAUAUCAAUCUUCUGGAAUCCAAUAGAGUUCGCGCUCACGAAGGACCCGCACAACGUGGGUCCGAUGCACCAUGGGGACGGGUGUAACAAUCGACGCGACUCUAGCACCCACAACCAGUCCUCGGAGAACUGGGUGAGAACUGUGAGUCGUCGUAUAUCCCGUUCACGAUGUCUGACUACGCGGGUGCGUGUUACCAUGAUUUGCGAGGAUGAUCGCUCCGCGGGCCAACCCCGGUGUCGGUCAGCCUCUCGUCCAUGUUACCGCCCUGACAGCCUCAUGGAUCCCCAUCCCCGUCUUUGCCUUGGAUGUCUUGAUCGUUGCUUUUCAAAGUGGUCGCACUCCUCGAUAUGUCCACGGCUCCGACGAAUGUGCCUAACCCAGGGCGCGCUUUGUCGACGAAUGGCUCAUUGUCCUCGAUCAACUUGGUGCGCCUCUUGAACAGUCGUACCUACGAAGACCUGUUGUCAUGCUCGCUUCUCCUACCGUCCUGCACGGUAGAUUCACUCUCUUUUCACAAUGCCCCUCCUUUCCCUUCUGACGCUAGGCCACCUCUGUACCUCAAUGCAUUUGAUGGUCUCUCCAAGUGCCGACCCGGGGACUUGACUUCGGCAGAUCGCGCUGUCGUCACUGUCCCUACUCGCCCAAGAAUGCGUCUCGCAAUCAUGGAGAACAUAUAUAUCGACCGGUGGAGGUUAUCUGUAUCGGGCCAUCCGCCUCGUGAGCUCGAGACUCCGUCUGAAGGACCUAUGCCGUCUGUCGGCUCUGUCUGGAUACCAGAAGGCUCUCUUGUGGCACCCGAACGCUUCCGGCGCGAAGCCAUCCGUAUAUCACCCUCCGACAAUGGCUCUCUAUGCUCAUUUGCAGUUUCCAUCGGUUAUGGUACGGAGGAAGCUGGGAAUAUAGUUGAGCUCAGCCACCCUAUGAUCCAAGUUGAGGACGAAGGAACAAAAGGCGAAGGCUCGCAAGAAUCACGCGCCGAGACCAAGCAUACCGUCCCUACUAUCAUGGUUUCGAACUCCACGGCUAUCGUCCCGCUUUCGCUUGAAUCCUCACAUAGCCUUGCGUCUGUCCCACUAGCCCUCCGCAGAGGUCUGAAGAUGCCAUCCCCAAUCGCCGUGCCUUCGUCAGCCGGUCUCGUCACACAGGCCAUAUCAUAUCCAGGCAUACCGUCUCCAUUUUUGGGCUCACCGUCAUCGUCAAGGCCCUCGUUCGAUUACCUGGAUAGCGAGGCCUCGAAACCCUCUGACGACCUCGUCUUCAUGUGCACGGACUUGUAUUCACGGUUGCCGGUGAUAUGCUUGAGCCUGCCUUGCUCUCCAUUGUUGCCUGCACCGGAGGAACCCGAGGGCCACUCGCGCACUUUGGCUCGCGAACAAGCGCCUAUAUCCGACGCGGCAGAGGACGACUGGGCCGGUCCGCGCGACUUUGUUGAACAACACGCCGACAAGAUCCCUGAACUCUUCGAGCACACUCCCGUGCGAUCGCAGCCUCCGGUCUCCCCUUGUUCCACGCCCUGCGACAUGUCUGUCACUCUUGUCGAUAUAAUGGAAGCUGGUUCUCCAGCGACGCCAUCGCCACCGACGCCGGACGUGGACCCCAAGAGACAAAGGAGGAGGACUGUUGUUAUCGAGCGCUCGCCAUCGCCUCGAGUAUCCUCUCUGCUACCGACGGAAGCGCAGCACACAAAAGAAGAGCUAGCAGAGCAAGAGCCGGUUCCGUUCGAGCCACCGGCCGGAGGCCACCUCUCGUGCACUGCGUGCCACCAAUCUUUCCUUGUGCCAUCGCGUCCCACGAGCACGGCGAGUAUGCGCCCGUCUAAGGGGAUCUUGAAGCCGAAGAAGAGUGUUCGUUUCUCUAUGGUCCCGGAGUGUGUCGAGGCCCCUGUGGAGUGUGAGGAGGUUCAGAAGCAGGACACUGCGCGGUCACGGUCAGGAUCGGUCCCGCCGGUUUCUACGCCUCGCAAGAUCCUGUCGCGACGCAGCUACGCGCCUCAAACGAGCACAUCUCCUGACAAGUCGCACACCAAGGAAAAUGAGCCGACGACCUGGCCGCGCCACCCCGCCCUCCGCGCUAUGGCUCGCCACACGACCGACAUGACGAGCCCGCAGACGCCAACGCCGGCCAUUCUCACGGACGAACAGCGUGGCCCUCUCCGGGCACUCAAUGUCCGUCAGAGCCUCCCUGCCAAGCGCAGUUCUACGGCGGUGCAGGAUGAACAGCCGGCGCGCAAGAGCAUCGCCGUUGGCGACAUCGGAAAACCUCGGCGGUUGAUGAAGUCGGUGUCGACGUACACCGCGAAGGCUGACCCUGAGAGCGUGGCUGCGAAGCGGCAGUCGUCUCCAACGAAGAGUCGGAUGCCGGUGCCACUGCGGAAUAUCUUCACGAAGAUGAGGUCGUAGGUUCUGGAUGGGUAUAAUGCAGUGGAUCAUCGACUUGUAUACAUGAUAGUGCCUCUGGAUGCGCAGCAUAUCUGCGCAACCGUCUUCAAUACAGUGCAGAGUCACUGUGGAACUUACGGUAGAGGUCUUCAAGGCCACUGGUUUGUGGGAUUUGAUGUGUGGUACAGUGCGUAUAGCAGUUUCCUUCCUAUUUGUCAAUGACGAUGAAACCUUAUUGGUGGCGGUCAAAUUUUGAUCUCGCGUCUAACUGAUGAGGCCUGAGGUACGAU